AUGUCCUUCAACAAAUAUAACACACGUAAUACUGGCCGAUACAAUAAUCCGGGACAAUUUGUUUCUGCCGGCGAGGGUCCGCAGCAGGCCAGAAUUCCACAGAACAACCAACAGCAGAACCAAUUUGGCGGCAAUUGGCAGCAGCCGCCCCCGCCACCUCCUCAGCAGAAUAUGUUCGGUCAGGUUGAACAGAAAGAGAUGCCACCCCCGCCACCAGCACCGCAGUGUGAUGAGUGGCAGCAGCCGCCCCCGCCACCUCCUCAGCAGAAUAUGUUCGGUCAGGUUGAACAGAAAGAGAUGCCACCCCCUCCACCAGCACCGCAGUGUGAUGAGUGGCAGCAGCCGCCCCCGCCACCUCCUCAGCAGAAUAUGUUCGGUCAGGUUGAACAGAAAGAGAUGCCACCCCCGCCACCAGCACCGCAGUGUGAUGAGUGGCAGCAGCCGCCCCCGCCACCUCCUCAGCAGAAUAUGUUCGGUCAGGUUGAACAGAAAGAGAUGCCACCCCCUCCACCAGCACCGCAGUGUGAUGAGUGGCAGCAGCCGCCCCCGCCACCUCCUCAGCAGAAUAUGUUCGGUCAGGUUGAACAGAAAGAGAUGCCACCCCCGCCACCAGCACCGCAGUGUGAUGAGAGUGACAUGAAUGAUGGUAGUAUGAAAAUGGAGUCCGAGACAGAUGGAUCAGUAAACAAUGAUGACGCGAACUCUCGCCCUUUCUGGAUGAAAUCUAAACUGUCCGGAGUAAAGAAGAUCAGCAACAAGGAGCGCCGUCGUCGUCAGAACCAGAGCUUGCGGCGCCUGCUGACUCCUAAGAACGCCCUCAUGGUGCUCAAUGAGAUGUUGCCCAAUGAGCAGCUAGCAACUCAAUUCCAAGUGAUGCCAACUCCCAGCAACAAUCAGUACUACAAGCCGCACAGCUUCUGCGCUGAUCUCAAUCUUGAUGGAAACAAAUACACAGGCUAUGGCGACAACAAGUUGAUGGCGCGCAAUGCAGCCGCAGAGCAAGCUAUUCGCGAUCUCAUCAUCAAGAGGAUGAACAAAGCUCUUAAUACCGAAGGUGAAGAAAUGGAGGAAGAAACUCUUCCAAUGAUCCAACUCGCAUCGUUUGCGCUGCACAAGCUGUUUUGCGAGUGGGAGGUGGAGGGAUUCAAGGUGCCGCAGCUUAGACCUGUAACUACAUCUGUGUCGGAGUCGGAGGGCGGGUCGGAGGCGGGGGCGGGCGCAGCGCGCGCCAAGACGGCCAAGAAGGAGAAGCAGCUGCCGGCGGACGCGGCGCAAAUGCACCCAUGCAUGCUGCUCACCUACAUGCGGCCCGCGCUCGCCUAUCGCGAGCUGGCGGCGCGCGGCGACCGCCCGCAGAACAUGCAGUACACCAUCGGCCUGGAUGUGGACGGGGUCACAUACGUCGGCACCGCAUCAAACAAGAAGGAAGCCCGCAAAGCUGCGGCGAAAGCAGCCUGCCAGGCGAUAUUUGGCGUGACGUUCGAACAGCCGCAAGUCAAUGCAUAG